GGUAGAGUGACCACACACUCCGAGAUAGCGUUCGAUCAACUGUUGCGCCCUCUCAAUGGUUUUGGCGAUAAGGAGUACCCGAUUGCUAAUACAACUGAACAAUUUCAGCUCAAUUGUCAAACUCUGGUAGGAGCAUGCGCACAUGGCCAUUUCUUAAAAUAUUUAAACGGUGACUACGGCAAUGUCAAAAAGGGGCCUUUGGUCAACCAGUUUACUGAUCAAUACGCUAGAUAUAUAACUACCGGGUGGGUCACUCUGUGUAGUAAUAUUUUGGCUGAGACUAAACUUGAAAAAUAUGUGCAACUUCGCAAAGAAAUACAUGACGUAAACGAUAAGCUAAUCCCAGCGCGCGAAGGAUUAACCCGAUCGUUGUUGAACGUAUCUGAUCCGGGAACUAAAUACGGGAUUAAUGAUGUAACAUGGGAACUUUUGCCGAACGAUAGCACCAAGUUAAUACACAAGUUGAAUGUAUCACCGUUUACAUCAUACAUUAACAUUACCGGCCAUUUACCAACCAAGCAAUGCGAUUGGCCAACAUUGCCCGCACCCGCACAGACAGAGUUGUAUUCGGUGCCAAUACUAUUGAUUAAAGCGUUGGCUAACCUCGAUGCUAUCAAUACCAAACCUAAAUUACCCUAA